AGGCAUUAGUGUGUGUUUGUUAUACAGUUGAUACAGUUCAGUUAAGCGGCUGUGUAGUAAAAAUAUUAAUAUAUACAAUUUUUUUGUUGAAAUUACAAGUUUUAAAUUUAAGUAAAUGAAUAUUUUAUAUAUAUCUGCAAUAGUAUGUGGUCUUUGUAUAUUUUUGACUAUAACUCUGGCAUACAAACCAUAUCACUAUGUUCAACCUAAUAAUGGUCUGCACCAACAAAAAGAGUUUCUUCCACUGUAUCCAUAUGGAAAUAUUUAUGGGAAUGAAAAUGAUCAACCAACAGUACUUUCAAGCACAAAAAAAACAUCGGAUACGAAAUUGUUUGAAAUCGUAAACGAAUGGAAAUAUUUGGAUUUUGAGUAUUUAACAUAUGAACAACGAAAGCGAGCUCUUGAAAAUAAGGAAUUCAUUCCAGAAAAUAACUUACCAUUAGGCAUUGACUUUUAUGAAAAUCGAAUAUUUAUUACAACACCCAGAUGGAAAGAUGGUGUACCAGCAAGUUUUGGCUAUUUAAAUUAUCCACCAGUAGAACGUAGUCCAGCUAUUAAACCAUAUCCCAACUGGGAAGCUCACGGUGAUCCUUAUAAUCCGGAUUGCUCUAAAUUAAUUUCAGUAUACCGAACCUUUAUUGAUAGCUGUGAACGUAUUUGGUUAAUAGAUUCAGGUAUAGUAAACGCCACGGUCUCACUUAACCAAAUAUGUCCUCCUAAAAUACUUGCAUACGAUUUGCGAACAAAUAAAUUGCUAGUCCACUAUGACUUUCCGGCUAGUCAAAUAAAAGAAGAUAGCUUACAUUCGAAUAUUGUUGUGGAUGUUUCCAAUGAUCGUUGCGAUGAUGCCUAUGCUUACGUUACUGACGUUUGGCGGUUCGGCAUUGUGGUUUACAGUUUGAGGAAAAAUCGAAGUUGGCGAGUAACCAACUACAAUUUUUCGCCUGAUCCGGUUGCGUCUGACUUCAAUGUAUAUGGUUUGAAUUUCCAAUGGUUGGAUGGAGUUUUUGGAAUGAGUUUAUCAUUGCCAAAAUUAUCAACAAAUGAACGAGUCUUAUACUUCCAUCCCAUGGCAAGCUUUAAGGAAUUCAUGGUAUCAACAAGUUUACUGAAAGAUGAAAAUAUAUGGACAGCAGAUGCUCAAAAGGUUGCAAAGUAUUUUGUACCAAUUGGAGAGCGUGGAAAAUUCGGCCAAUCUUCGACGUCGGGAAUUGCACAGAAUGGUGUUAUGUUUUUCACACAAGUCCAUAGAGAUGAUGUUGGAUGUUGGGAUACUUCAAAAUCUUAUGGCCAAAAUAACAUCCAUCGAUUUUUCGAAAACGCUUCCAAUAAUAAUUCAACACAGACUCUAAUUCAAUUUCCAAAUGAUUUAAAAGUUGAUCAUGAAUCUUUACCUCAUCAGAGUAUUUGGGUCAUAAGCAACCGUUUGCCGAUUUAUUUAUACAGUCAGUUAAACUAUGAUGAAAUUAAUUUCCGUAUUUUAAAAGCAAAUGUUGCUAAUAUUAUUGCUAAUACAGUUUGCGACCCGCUUCAAAGUUCCCAUUCUCUUAAAGACCUAACGAACACUUAACUCAUUUAUUUUAAAUAUAUUCUUAAUAUAUACAUAUAUGUAUGCAUAAUAAAUAAAAAACAAAAUAUAUUUUAAAUGUA